CCCAAUCCACCGUGGUGUCGAUGUUGUACCAUACUGUCGAUCGGACACGGAUGUUUCUGGACUUCCAAGGCACCGUUCGAUGAGUCUGCCGCCUCCCAGCUGUCGGUAUCGUCUAAAGUGAGCCACCCUGGAGUGAACCUGGUGCUGGUCUGGCGACGGAGUAUCCGGCGUUGUACGUUCCAACCGUACGGGGUCGCUUUUCGGACCCGGAUUCACGGCAUAACAGAAUACUUCAUGAACCGACUUGGACACUAAAACACACAACAUGGCCGCCUAGUGUACUUGCUUGCGAGGUUGUCAUGUUGAAUUCGUUGUCACUGGAGUUGUUCACUAGACUUUCAUAAUUUUUAUACAUUUUUACGUAAUUUAGAUCGACAGUACAUUGCAUUGUGACGAUGUCCGGGUUGUUUGUGUUCAUGUGAUUCGCGUGGGUUCUUCGAUUUAUCAAAUAUUAUAACCUCAGAGAGUUUAUCGAAUUGUCAAAGUGGAAGCGAGAGGAUUUGGUUUGAUUUCGAAGGACGAUUGGAAAUAAGGAGGAUCGGACACGAGGUGCUGAGGUGCUUAGUGCAGUGGAGGUGCAGGUGGUUGCCAGAGGCAAGACGAGUCUGGUCAACAUGACCCUCGUCUUCCUGGCACUCUUGGUGGCGCUCAACCCGAUCUUAACGGCGGCAAACGGGAACUUCAGCGACUUAUCGUACAUCCAUUACCUGACACAUCCACCGGAGAUUCUGAGGAGGCCGAUAUCGCAACAGGUUAAAGCCGGUGGAAUCGCCUCAUUUUAUUGCGACGCACGUGGAGAUCCUCAACCCCAAAUACAGUGGCGAAAAAAUGGCAAAAAAUUGACACAGUCCCAACCUCGUUACCUGGUUCAAUCUUAUCCCGGCGGUGCUUUCAUGAGAAUCGAACCUGUCCGAGACGUAAGGGACGACGCCACGUACGAAUGCGUUGCCGAAAAUGGAGUGGGUGACGCCGUUUCCGCCGAAGCUCAACUCGUCGUUCACGAACCGGACAACCUGCCACCCGGAUUCCCGAUGAUCACGCAAGCACCGACGACGAAAGUCGUCGAAAUCGGACACAACGCCGUUCUCUCGUGCGCGGCGGUCGGAUCGCCAAGACCUAUUAUUUCCUGGGUGCGUAACAUGAUGCCGAUUGAUACGAGCAACGCCAGAUACACCGUACUGGACACCGGAGCUCUUCAAAUAACGGCGUCGGAAGUCAACGAUCAGGGUAAAUACGAGUGCGUGGCGAACAAUUCGGUUGGUACGGAAUAUUCGAAAUCGACGCUAUUUUACGUGAAAGUACGACGCGUUGUUCCGCAAUUUUCCAUACCGCCACCCCCUCUGAACGAGGUGGUGCUCGGUGCUUCCCUCAAUAUAACGUGCGUCGCAUUCGGGGCGCCGAUGCCCGUCGUAAAAUGGCGGAAGGAUCCGGCGACCGACAUCACCCCCGAAGAACAACUGCCGAUUGGAAAGAAUGUACUUCAAUUGACCGACAUUCAGGAAAGCUCAAACUACACCUGCAUCGCCGCGAGCGACCUGGGAAUCAUCGAGGCUGGAACAAUGGUCAAAGUUCAAUCUCUGCCUUGGCCGCCGGAAAAUAUUCAGGUGUCGGACAUAACCGCCACCUCGGUAAAGCUUACCUGGUCGUACAAGGGCCCCGACGAAUUGCAGUAUUACGUUAUAAGGCAUAAACCGAAGCAAACGAAUCAAGCCUAUUCGGAAAUAUCGGGAAUAACGACGAUGUACUAUCACGUGAGAAGUCUCAGUCCGUUCACCGAAUACGAGCUGAUCGUUAUCGCCGUCAAUCAUCUCGGACGUGGUCCCCCGAGUGCACCUGCUGUAGUCACAACUGGUGAAACAACGGAAUCCACAUAUGGAGGUGCCAAACCAGGAACCGCUCCGAGAAAUGUUCAGGUGCGGCCUCUGAGCUCCAGUACGAUGGUCAUUCAAUGGGAUGAGCCCGAGACGCCGAACGGUCAAGUAACGGGGUACAAAGUCUACUACACGACGGACGCGAACCAAGGAAUGGCUUCGUGGCUCUCCCAAAUGGUAGACAACAAUCAGUUGACUACGAUAUCCGACCUUACGCCUCAUACGAUCUACACGAUACGGGUACAAGCGUUGACGAGCGUUGGUCCGGGACCUCUGAGCCUUCCGGUUCAGGUCAAGACCCAACAAGGUGUACCGAGUCAGCCGAAUAUGUUGAGAGCUACCGAAAUAGGGGAGACCAGCGUCAAGCUCCAAUGGAGUAAACCUGCUCAUAGCGGUGAAAAUAUCCUGAGCUAUGAGUUGUAUUGGAACGACACCUACGCAAAUGAGAAGCACCACCGUAGAAUACCGAUUGUUGAAAAUUUCACCCUCACGGGGUUGUAUCCGAACACGCUUUACUACGUAUGGUUGGCAGCUCGGAGUCAGAGAGGCGAAGGUGCCACGACCAGUCCUUAUCCAGUUCGGACGAAUCAGUACGUCCCCGGUGCACCGCCACGCAAUGUAACCGGACGAGCGGUCAGCCCAACCGCAAUUUUGGUCUCUUGGGAUCCACCCCCGGCUGACAGGUCGAACGGAAGAAUAGCCUACUACAAGCUUUUUGUCGUGGAAAGUGAGAGAUCCGACUCCGAGGCGUCCGUUAUCAAAUUGAACACCACAAGCUUCGUUAUGGACGAACUUAAAAAAUGGACAACGUAUCGGAUCUGGGUAUUGGCGGGUACCAGUGUUGGUGACGGACCCCCAAGCUAUCCCACUACCGUCCGCACCCAUGAAGAUGUGCCCGGAGAUCCUCAAGACGUUAAAGCCACUGCUAUAAAUUCAACUGCAAUUCAUGUUGAAUGGAAACCACCCCUACCUAAGGACAGAAAUGGAUUGAUAAGAGGGUAUCACAUACACAUUCAGGAAGUUAGAGAAGAGGGUAAGGUUUAUGUAAACGAUCCGAUGCGUCGCGACGUUCUUGAGGAUAUACUGGAGUUGAAUGUAACCGGACUUCAACCCGACACUAGAUAUUCGGUACAAGUAGCUGCCCUCACAAGAAAAGGGGAUGGUGAUCGGUCGCAACCAGUGCACGUACAGACACCCGGCGGUGUACCAAACAGACCGCAGUUAAAUUUGAAAGUCAUGGAAAGGAAUCCAACGGUCUUAGAACUCGAAUGGGGAAGACCGAGUCAAACUUACGGUGAACUUUUGGGGUACAGAAUAAAAUAUGGCGUAACUAAUCAGACGCUGAAGGAAGAGUUUAUCGACGAUAUUCAAAAGAAUACCCAUAGGAUAACUGACCUUGAACGAGGCGUGGAUUACGAAUUUCGAGUUGCUGGUCAAAACCACAUUGGAUUCGGUCAAGAAACUGUUCGCAAUUGGUUCAGUCCCGAAGACGUUCCAUCCGGAGCCCCGACAAACCUGUCGUUCCAUUUUCAAACACCGGAUACGGUUUGCGUUACCUGGGAACAACCGUCUCGACACCAUAGAAAUGGGCAUAUAACACGUUACGAUGUACAAUUCAACAAGAAAAACGAUCACACAACGACCGUCGAAAGAAACACGACUCAGACACGAGCGGUUUUCUCGAAUUUAGAAGAAAAUGCCGAAUACGUGUUCCACGUAAGGGCGUACACUUCUAGGGGUGCGGGGCCUUUUUCGGAAAAAAUUACAAUCGUUACCGAAAAGGAUAUCGGGAGAGCACCGAUGUCCGUGAAGGCGGUCGCUACUUCGGAGUCCAGUGUCGAAGUAUGGUGGGAACCGGUUCCAAAUCGUGGAAAAAUAAUCGGCUACCAAAUAUUUUAUACCAUGACGGCGGUCGAGGAUCUCGACGAAUGGCAGCAAAAAAUUGUAGGUCUCACGGAAUCGGCGAAUCUUUUGAACCUUGAAAAAUACGCCCAGUACGCGGUCGCGGUUGCCGCGAGGUACAAAACUGGACUAGGGAGACUCAGCGAUAAGGUCACCGUAAAAGUCAAGCCUGAGGAUGUUCCGCUGGAUCUCAGGGCUCCGGACGUUUCCACGCACUCGAUGACGUUGCUCUGGAAACGACCGAUAAGACUGAACCCGUCAAAUUACACAGUUUCCUUCGAUGCCAUCAAGGAAUUCGUUGAUUCUCAGGGUAUAACGCAAACGCAAGUCGUUCAAAGAAAACAAAUAACUCUGGACCCCGAUACGACCACUACGACCGUGAACGAGCUCGCUCCCUUCACAACGUACAGUGUCAAUGUAACCGCAGUACCUUCCGAUGGACAGUACAGACCGCCGGCUAAAAUCACAGUAACCACUCAAAUGGCAGCUCCGAAACCCAUGGUGAAACCUGAUUUCUACGGGGUUGUUAACGGAGAGGAAAUACAAGUGAUAUUGCCCCAAGCUUCCGAAGAGUAUGGACCCAUAUCGCAUUAUUACCUGAUCGUUGUACCCGAGGAUAAAGCUACCGCGAACAAACAGCCGGAUGAACUUACGGAGGAUAUGAUAUCGAAUAUAGCUGGAAAACAGGAGAGGGAAAACGCACCCUACAUAGCUGCGAAAUUUUUACAAAGGAACAUACCGUACACCUUUCAUUUGGGAAGUGGAGGUAAUUAUGAAGGAUUUGUUAAUAAGAAAUUGGACAGGAAUAAGAGGUACAGGAUAUUCGUCAGAGCCAUCGUUGACACACCAAGAAAGCACUUGUACACGUCUUCGCCAUUCUCGGAGUAUCUUGCUCUGGAUAUGCGUGAAGUUCCUCCCGGCGAACCACCCAGUCGUCCGAAUCCAAACACCCCCGUAGACGGAAACCCAGACGUAUCCGUAACAACGAGCGGUCAAGAACCAGGAAUGGUUUGGGUUGUGGGGCCGAUCAUCGCCGCCCUCGUUGGUAGCGUCUUUUUGGUUCUACUAUUCGUCAUCAGAAAACGCCGACAACCCUGCAAAGCUCCGGACCAAGCCGCGGUAACCCGUCCGUUAAUGGCUGCGGACAUAAGCUCGAGUCACGCUCCUUCGGAUCCGGUGGAAAUGCGUCGUCUGAAUUUCCAGACUCCCGGUAUGAUUUCGCAUCCACCGAUUCCCAUUAGCGAACUUGGAAAUCACAUAGAGCGGCUGAAAGCCAACGACAAUCUCAAGUUCAGCCAGGAAUACGAGUCCAUAGAACCAGGUCAGCAGUUUACGUGGGAUCAUUCGAACAUGGAAGUGAACAAACCGAAGAACCGCUACGCUAACGUAAUCGCCUACGAUCAUUCCCGAGUAAUCUUACAGUCGCUGGACGGUAUGCUGGGUUCGGAUUACAUAAAUGCAAACUACUGCGAUGGCUAUAGAAAACAAAACGCGUACGUGGCCACUCAAGGACCCUUGCAAGACACUUUCGCUGACUUUUGGCGAAUGUGCUGGGAGCUGAGGACGAGCACUAUCGUGAUGAUGACCAAACUUGAGGAAAGGACCAGAAUAAAAUGUGAUCAAUACUGGCCGACUAGGGGGGCGGAUACCUACGGUCAGAUGACCGUUAACAUAAGCGAUGUUCAGGAACUAGCUACAUACUGUAUCAGAACUUUCCAGGUCUGCAGAAACGGUUACUCGGAACGUAGAGAAAUAAAACAGUUACAAUUCACCGCCUGGCCAGACCACGGAGUCCCCGAGCAUCCGGCUCCGUUCUUACAAUUUCUAAGACGAGUCAAAUCACUGAACAUACCCGAAAGUGGUCCUCUGGUUGUUCACUGUAGCGCCGGGGUUGGGAGGACCGGAUGUUUCAUAGUUAUUGACUCUAUGUUGGAGCGUAUAAAGCACGAAAAAAUGAUAGACAUUUACGGCCACGUGACAUGCCUCAGGGCGCAGCGUAAUUACAUGGUGCAGACGGAAGACCAGUAUAUUUUUAUUCACGACGCUCUCUUGGAAGCCGUCAUAUGCGGCAAUACGGAAGUACCGGCGAGAAAUUUGCAUUCGCAUAUCCAGAAACUGAUGCAACCCGAACUUGACAAUAUCACCGGUAUGGAAUUGGAGUUCAAGAAGCUUUCAAACAUAAAAGCCGACUCGACGAGAUUCAUCUCAGCUAAUUUAGCUUGUAACAAGCACAAGAAUCGCCUCGUUCAUAUCUUACCGUACGAGUGUACGAGGGUCUGUUUACAACCCCAGAGAAAUAUCGAAGGCUCCGAUUACAUAAACGCAAGUCUGAUAGACGGAUAUCGGUACCGCGGUGCCUACAUCGCUACCCAAGGACCGCUGAACGACACAACCGACGACUUCUGGCGGAUGCUGUGGGAGCACAAUUCGACAAUAGUUGUUAUGUUGACGAAGCUCAAGGAGAUGGGCAGAGAGAAAUGCCACCAAUACUGGCCAUCCGAUCGAUCAAUAAGAUACCAAUGCUUCGUUGUCGAUCCCAUCGCCGAGUACAACAUGCCGCAGUACAUUCUCAGGGAGUUUAAGGUCACCGAUGCAAGGGACGGAGCAAGUCGGACGGUCAGACAAUUCCAGUUCAUAGACUGGCCCGAGCAGGGGGUACCAAAGUCAGGUGAUGGGUUCAUAGAUUUCAUAGGACAGGUCCAUAAGACGAAGGAACAGUUCGGACAAGAUGGGCCUAUAACGGUACACUGCAGUGCCGGAGUCGGACGUACCGGAGUAUUCAUUACGCUAAGUAUCGUCCUUGAGCGUAUGCAGUACGAAGGAGUUGUCGAUAUCUUCCAAACAGUUAGAAUACUGCGCACCCAACGCCCUGCGAUGGUUCAAACUGAGGACCAGUAUCAGUUCUGCUAUCGAGCUAGCCUGGAAUAUUUGGGAUCGUUUGAUCACUACGCCAACUGACGAGCAGAACCAUGCGAUCGAAGAGAUGGUACAAUUGAUCGUAGAGACAGGCAACAUCGGAAACGCGAUAUUGGAUCAUCUGACCAGGUGAGAAUACGUCGAGUGUAAUAGAUCUUCCAGACGGAAGAGUGUUGAUGUGUGCAGCGGACAAAACAAAAAAAAAAAAAGAAGUGUUUUACCUCAAAAUAAGCGGUAAUUAUUCCGGUCUCCCAUCCCCCUCCCCCCCCCCCCCCCCCAUCACCGACCUCCUGCCGCGGAUAUAGACAGAGCGUAUUGCGUAUAUUCUUAUUUUACAGAGACGAAUAUAAUAAUGAAUAAUUACAUCGUAUAGUAGUGAAAAUGUUAAGCGAUAAGGUACCAAGUGUUGAAUUCAAACAGUGACUGUAUAUCUAUAGCUAGUGAAACAUUAUACCAUUACACCAUAGAUAUAAUAUAUCUAUGAUUACACAUAAAAAGUGGAGAAGAAAAAAUUUAAAAAAACAGAAAAAAAAAAAAAAAGAAAAUUAGCAAUCCAGCGAGAGUUGAACGAAAAUUAAAAAGAUGAACGAAGUAUAAGGAAGAGCAGCACAAGCACUUUCGUGAAGGAAAUUUUCAUCGUUAUUUCUAUUCUUUUUUGCUAUACGUACAUCUUUAUUUUUUUGUAGAGUUGUGACAGACGAUCGUCUCCGAUGUAAAAAAAAAAAAAAAAGAAAAGAAAAAUAAUAAUCGUAGACCUUAAUCGAAAGAAGUUCAUGACUAGUUAGCAAAAUUUGAUAGAAAAAGGUCGAAUAAAAAUAAUAAUAAUAAUAUUAAUGAUAACUUCUAAAUAAAUAGGAGAGCGAAAAUGAUUGAUAUAAUUGUUGAUAAUCAAGUCCCGGGGGGCUCAGCGUCCAAUUUAUAAUCUUCUCUGUUUCUAUUUUCUAAUAUCGUAACUACGGGCGCGAUCAAAUCGAUAGACGAAUAAUUAUUCAUCAUUUUUAUUCGAUGGCGGUGUUCUAAAUUCAGGAAUCUAAUUCUCUCAAUUUUCUUCUACCCAUCGAUUGAAUCGUUGAAAUUGCAAACGCGUGUCGACGACGUUCAAUAAAUACUUAUGUUAGAUAGACGGAAAUUAAUCGAAUUGAUGAAAAGAAAAAAAAAAAAAAUUAUCAUUGCAUUUCAUCUGGCGUGUAUUAAUGUAGGACAGUUAGGGAUAGAAAAAAAAAUGGAGUCGGACAUAUCUGAAUAAUGGGCAUAUUAAUAACUUUAAUAAUUUUCACCGUAAAUAAUAAUAAUAAGACGUAAUGAAAACGAAUGAAUAAAAAUAAUAAAAAAAAAUUUUUUUGAGCCCUUUUAAAAGAUUAUUCUUCGUCAUAUCUAGUUGGUUCAAUUAAUAGCGUAGAGGGAUUAAAACAUUUCAAUUAUGUACAAUAAUAUUCGAGAGUAUAAUGUUGAAAAACGACCAUGUUUCUACUACUAUACAGUCUAAUGACGAAUAUCUAUUACGAUAAUACGCUAUAUGUACUCUUUUACUACUAAAAAAAAAAAAAAAAUUAUGAACAAAACUAAACUAAAAAAAAAUAUUACAGCAACAAAAAUAGUAGAAAAAAGGGCAACGUACGUACGGAAAACUUCUUUUUUGAUAAUCGAUCUAUUUAAACAUAAAUUACGAAAUGGGGAUUAAAAUUAGCGAUAAUUAGCUCGACGUGACGUCACACUCUCUACAAUUGUUAUGUAUAGAUAUUACAAAUUAUUGAUGAUAUACACGACUUAGGCAAAGAUUGAAUAGUUUAAAGAAAAAAGAAAGAAAUGAAAAAAUAGACGUGAAAAUUUCCUAAAUUUAUCGAAGAUAAUUAAGCUUGAGAUUAGAUUAUUGAAACGAAGAAGAAAAAAAAAAAUUGCCAUACUGCCAAAUCGACAAUUAUUAAUACUAUAUACCUAUCCAUUACGCACCAUAGGUGAUCCUCCUACUCAUUAUUACCUAUAUUAAUUAAUUCAUUCAUUGAUUGAUCGGUCAACAAGAUAGGGGAAAGAAAAGAAAAGCGAAAGAAGUAGAAAAAAUUGAUCGUAUUAUAAUUGAAAGGAAGUAAUAAAAAUGAAUAAAUAAAUGAAUAGAUAUUAAGAGAACGAAAAAAGACAUUUAGAAAGAGGUGAGAAUGAUGAGAGAACAAGAUUCAAGAAAAAUAAAAGAAUGACAAAUCAGUUGUGAGUGCGUGAACGAGAAAAGAUUGUAAUAGAGAAAAAAAAGAGGAAAAAAUAGGUUCGGAAGAAAGUGGUGCCUCUCUCAUAAUGAACAAACGGUGCAGUAAAUUACCAAUUUAUUUAUGGUGCACAAUUUGAAAUGAAAGAAAAACUAUAACGAAUAAAAUGGAUGAAAAAAAAAACAAUCAUCCGUUACUAUCGUUUGUAUAAAUAAGACCGAAAAUAAGACGCUGCUCAUCUCUUGUCACAUUAGCUAAAAAGUAAUUGAACAUCUUCUACCAUUUUACGUAAUAUUUACGUGCGCCCUCGAUUUAAUUUCACCCCUGAGGUAUGUUUCACUUUGAUUAGAGGAUAGAAUCAUCGAUUCAAUUUCAUUUGAUUCCUAAAUUCUGGUUUUCUGUCAGCUAAUGAUUCACCGAUCACCCACUGCUAAUACAAGUACUGCUCAGACAAUAAAGUUUAAGGACAAAUAAAUAAAUAGAUGAAAAAAAAAAAAAUGUAAUUGUGCCUGUGUUACGGUGCGACACUCGUUAAUUUCAACGUAUUUCCGUAGCUCCUACCCCAACCGCAGUAAUUUUCCAGAAAUGUUCAACUGUUUUCCUAAUGUACAAAUCGAAAAAAAAAAUCCUCAUGAAAAUAUCUGUUACUCAUGCAAAUUAGCAAUAAUUGAUCAAUGUUAUAUUGUAAUAUUUGAAAUCGAGGGCGUAGGUAAUAUUAAUCAGCAGUCGCAAAUUUUAUGUGUACAUAAAUGCACCGUCUAUCAAUAAUAGCUUAUAAAUACGUGUAGUUUACCAGUAAAAAAAAAAAAAAAAAUUAAACUGUUGUAAUAGAACACGUGUAAUGUGUAACACCGUGCAUAUUACAUCGUUACUAUUAUGUACAAUGAUAUUAUUCUUAGAAAAAAAGACAAACAAAAAAAUAAAAAAGGAAAGAAAGAAAGGCAGAAGUAAGAAAUUAACAACAAUUAAUUCAACGGUAAAAAAAUAAUAAUGUAAAUCGAAACUGAGAGUUGGAAAAGUUGAGUCUAGACGAAAAAACUAUUCAAUAUGUACACAUACACAUAAAUACACGAACACAUUACGAGAAAAAAAAAAAAAUUGAACAAAUUAACGAACCAACAAUAUUGUACGACAGAGAUUUUCCAUGCUAAUCAAUAAAAAAAAAAAAACCCAAACAGCAAAUUAGAAAAAAAGUCGAAGCAAAAGACGUAACAAUAAUAUUUAAAUAAUUAGUUAACGAAUAGUUUCUAUAUAUUGACUGUAUAACGAUAAUAUAAUUAAUUGAGUUAAUUAAUUAAUUGAUCGAUUGAUUAAUUAAUUAACUGCACUGUAUACCCCGAACAUAAUAUGAUGAUACCUUUAAUUGUACCCUGCCAGAGAGAACUGUACCUAUGUGCGCAGCAUUUAUAUAGGAUUAUUUAACACGCUUUUUUAUACUUUUUAACAUCAUGUUUUUUAUAUAUUUUUUACAAAUCAAACUCUUAAUGUGCAUGUUAUAUUUUUUUAGACAAAGUUAAGCGAAAUAAUGAGCGAUUGAGAAUGUUGCGUAAAAAAAAAAAAAAAAAAAGAAAACGCAAAAAAUUCUUUAAUUUUCAUUAGCCGACUGUAUAAUUAUAUUGUUAAUUAAGAAAUUAAGCAGCUGUACGUGUACUCUAAUAAUAUCACGAGCUUUAGGUUGAAGAUUCGAAACACAAGUGAAAUGAAUCAAUAAAUUGGCAGAAUUUCUAACAGUUUCAUCGAUACGAUCAAAUUAUCAAACUAUCCAAUACAUCAUCAACGUCACAAAUUUUUUAUAUUCAAACCCAAAAUCGCAUAAAAUUGUGUCCAGAAGCUCGUAAUAUACCUACGUACGCUGAACAUAAGCUGUACGAUAAUUAUAGUACUAAAAUUAAUGAAUUGAUAAUAAUUUAUGUAUAAAUAGUUUACAACCCAAUAUCAUAGAUCACACUUCUAUGUUACAUUUUUCUUAUUUUCUUAUAAUUUUUCUUCUAUUAUUUUAUAUGUGUUAUACUUUUUUCGCAUCGACUGGCGUUAAUACCUAUUUAUUGUAUGCAACGUGAACGACAGAAACAAAUUAACGAUAAAUAAAAUGAAAAAAAAAAAGGAAAAAAAGGAAGAGAACUAAUCGUUGACCACUACCAAAACGUGUAAUCGACACAAAAUAAUAAUAAUAAUAUUAAUGGUAAUAAUAAUAAUAUUAUUAAGAACAAUUAAACGCAAUGUGUGUGAAACAGAAGCAAAAACAAAAAACUCAAGUCCAUACUAUAUACAUACCUUUACUAUGUAGUAGUACAUAAUAUAUACUAUACAAUAGUUUUUAAAUAUAUGGACGAAGAUUUUUACAAUUAUUUUUCAUCAUAGUUAGAACGCCAUUUUUGUGUACAUCGGUACAUCGUUAUUGCUUUUGGUUUGUUUUUUUUUCAAACUUUUUCGUGGUUUUUUUUCGACAAUUGACAAAAACAUUGACAGUAUUGAUAAAGGACAGAGAAAAGUAGAGAAAAAAAAAAAGGAAAACGACGACGAAUAUUAUGAAUGAACGAUUCAGCAGCAGCAGCUAUAUCACGAAAUUUGAGUGUAACGUUGUAUUUUAGCUAAUUGUAAGUGUCGUUUAGAUUUUAAGUUUUAUUUAACCCAAAAGUGUUUGAAGAAAAAAAAGAAAGAAAGAAAAAACUAUGAAACUCGAAUUAAAUAGAAUAAAGGAGAAAAAUGAAUUCGGAAAAUGAAACGAUAGGUGGUUUGUUGUAUUCUUCAAAUUGGAAUGACGUGAAAUUGUAAAAGAAAAAAGAAGGAAUUUCAAUUGAAAAGUGAAAAUUUGAUAAUUGAGUAGAAAAAAAUCGUACCACGUAUACGUAUGGAAAUUCAGAUGUUAUUCAUACACAGUAAUUGAUCACGCAAAAAACUGGAUAUACACCGAAAUCUGAUGAUUCGAAAAAUAAAAAACGGUGAAAAAAAUGACUAAAACAAAGGUAUGUAGAAAAAUAACGUUAUAAUACCUAUACUGAACAUAUAGAUUAAUUAUAGAGAAAAUGAUAGAACGAAAGAAAUUCAAAUAACAAAAUUUGAAGAACAUUAAAAAGAAAAAUUCAAAUACGAUAGACUAUCGUAAGUAUUGGUAAAUUAAUUUGUGAUACUCUUUCUUAACGGAAAGAAUACAACAGGCUGAACCCCGUGAGAAAUAUAAAUUUAAUGAUAAUCGAAUUAAAUUGAAAAAAAAAAAAAAAAA